UAUGUUUUUAAAAGUACACGGUUGGGUAAAAUACACGACACGGGGUAGUGUGAACCCGGCUUAAAGCUUAGACGUUUGUACUCACUAAUUCUACUUUUGAAAAUGGCGUUACUGAAAAUGUUGAGACCCUAUCGAGAAGCAACAAAUCAAUUAACCAAAUGUAAGUACUUAAUGUUAAAGAAUUUGUUUUUAUUUAAUGUUUAUUUGAUUUAUUAUACAUUAUGUAUGUAACAGUGUCCCAUAGUGUGAAUUGAUAAUAUUUUUCCAAUAUGGUUUUCUGUCAGAAGGGCACAUGUAGAGAGAAAUAGAAUUUGUAUUUUCAUCCUUAAAAACUGAAAAAUGCGAUCUUCAGAUAAUGGUUUGAGCAUGAGUAUUCCACUAAGUGGAUUUUAAUUAUGUGGUGGAUGGUCGGUAUUUAGGCAUUACCAGUAAGUUGAAAAAGCGGUUCUGGACUUUAUCAAGUCGCUGCAUGUUACUUGGGUGGCCUAGACGACAGCACCAUAUUCAAGUAGUGAUGUGACCAAGGUGUUGUAUAGUGAAGAAAUGUACCUACGCAUGAGAGUGGAAGAGUAUCGCCUAAUGAAUUCAACAAUUCUCAACACCUUGCAUGCAAUGUAAUCAAUGUUGUCGAAAAUCAAGUGAAGAAAUGUUAAGAAAGCCUAAGGGCCGUUCUCAUCAAUGUAAAAAAAAAAGCGUUUAUCUGAUUCUUAAACUGAGUUUAUAGCUGAUAACCGAUCACAAUUGGUCAAUUUUCUUAUAAACUCCAUUUACAUAUCAAUGUUUACAUUGAUGAGAACGGGCUAAAGUCUUUCACUUGAUCAUCAUGUUCAAGAGGAUGCCCGUUUGGGUGUUAAUCAUAUUUUUAUAAUUCAUGGGUACGAUAAAAAGACCUGAGCUUAUAUUUGCUAGUAUUAGUAGAAAUUUUGGAUACAAAUAAUUUUGAAAACACUGAUUUGUGAGACACUGGUAAAUAUUAUAUAUUAUAUUCUAGGUGACACCACUGCACUACUACCGCAAAUCAAUAAUGUCCGAGGUCUUAAGAAUUUUAAACCUCCAAUUAUAUAUGACCGUAAGAACAUUUGAUACUUACCUAUUGAAUAAUUUAAGAGUUGUAUUAAUUUGCCUAUAAUUUGUUCAGAUAUUGAGAUACCUGAAAGACCUAAACUACAUUACAUUGAUAGGGUACCAAAUUAUAGUAACUCUCAACUCAGGCCACCAAAAAUGCAUAAAAUGCUCAAUUUGAUGAGGGGUCCUGAAUUGGUUCAUAACAAACUCAUUCAUAAACAGUAUGGUAUUCAGGUAUACACAUUUGUAAUAUUACUAAUAUUAUUUAUUAUUUAGGUUACCUAAUUGAGUAUUUUAAAAAUAGUUCAUUAAUGAACUAUGUAAUUUUUGAAGUAUUAAAUCAUUUUUUUUUUUUCAUGUUUUUUUAAUAAAUAUACAAAAUGCUUGAUUAUUAAUAUAGGCUACAGGUGGAGGCCGAAUGAGAUAUAUUCAUUUUGAAGUAAUUCGUAUGGGUUUACUUAGAAAAUUAGAUUGGUCCAGAAUGUUUGCUAUUUGGAGAAUCGAUUCACCAUGGCAAGCUGUUACUAAAAAGGUUUGUUUUAUUACAUAAAUAAUUAAACAUUUGAGAACAUUUCUUUAACCCAGUAAUAUUCUUAUAGGGUCAAGGUCAGCGGAUGGGUGGCGGUAAAGGAAGUAUAGAUCAUUAUGUUACUCCCGUUAGAACUGGCAGAAUUAUCAUAGAAAUUGCUGGUCAUUGUGAAUAUGUAGAAGUAUGUUAAUGUUUUUUAAAUUAUCAUGAAUAAAAAGUACCACUCAUCGAUCUUAGGACCCUGGACCCGUAUAAAACGGGGAAGGUUUUUCAAAUUAGAUUAAGGUGGUAUUUAAUUUUGAACAUUAUUUAUGAUGACCGACACCCUAUUUUGUGUAAAAUUAAUGAUAAUUUGCCCUCUUCUUGUGCUCAAAGAAGGUUGAAAAUGAUGAAAUAGGGUAGUUUUGUGGUUUUUCGCAAAUAAUUAAAUAAAUAUAUCACUGAUUAUAAAAUGAUGUACAAUUUUUUGGUAGCUCUUCUUAAUAUCUAUAUAAUUUAAUAUUAUACAAUUUACUGUAAAAUCUGUUUUUCUCAAAAAAAAUUGUAAAAUACAAACUAUUUCAUGUAUUUAGCAAAACUGAUUUUUUAAGAUUAUUUAAUUUUAUUUGUCAAAUGACUGAAGAUAUAAAACAAUAAAUUUAGUAUAAAAUUGAUGUAGAAUUCAAUUCCCUAAAAACAGUUCAAGACAAUUAAAUUGUCUUAAUGGUCCUAAUAGGAAUCUUUUAAAUAAAUUUGGAGAUUGUUGAUUAGAAUACAUAGAAAAAAAUUAAAUAUUUUUAUUUAGAAAUGUUAUCUGCCGUAUUUGAUAUGCUUGAAAAAUGGUCUUUUCUUCACAAAGUUUAAGAAUUCGACAGUCUGGUAAGCACCAUCCAGUGAGAUGGAUGGCCAAAAGUAUACAUUAUUUGAAAAUAUUUUUAUUAAGAUUAGAAUUCAAUAUGACUAAGACCGAAGGAAAUGUGUUGAGCAGAAUUUGUGCUUUCAUUAUUAAAAUUUAUAUAAAAGUCAUGGUUUUACCACAAUGAAUGUGAGCGAAGUACCUUUGAAUAAUUUAAAUUUAAUACGUGUGUUGCAUGAAUAUACAAUAUGCCAUAAGCCGAUAGCUCAAGCAUGCUUAUCAAAGUUUUUAGUUCUAUUGUAAAAAUCUUUGGUACCUCAAAAAUGGAUGCAUCACAUUUUCUAUUUUUUAUGAACAGAAUUCGACAGAAAUGAGAAAACAAAUCACAAAAACCUUAAAGAAUAUGAAGAAAUAGAUCAAAUAAGUGAGGAAUAAGUUAAAGAAGAGAACGUUCAAAAUAAAUUUGUAUUAAAAUUAGAAAACGUUAGAUAUUUGUUUAAUUCUGCUCAAUGCAUUUCUUUCUGUCUUAGUCACUUUGAAUUCCAAUCUUAUUAAAAAAUAUCUUCAAACAAUGAAUACUUUUGUCCAUUCAUCUCACUGGAUGGUACUUAUCUGUACAAUAAGGCUGUCGGAUUCUUAAACUUUGUCAAGUAGAGACCAUUUUUCAAGUGUAUCAAAUACGGCAGAUAUUGAUACAGAUGAAAUAAUAUGAAAGUGAUAAUAUAUUAACAUAAAUCCUAUUGUAACAUUAAAUCAGUCGUUCUAAUUAAUUUUUUAUUAAUGACCCUUUUUUUUUAGAAAAAUUAAAUUCUAUAUCAUUAUUAUAUUAAAUAUUGUUUUAUAUCUUCAGCCAUUUGACAAAUAUAAUUAAAUAGUCUUAAAAAAAUCAGUUUUGCUAAAUACAUGAAAUAUUUUGUAUUUUUUCUUGGGAAAAACAUAUUUUACAGUAAAUUGAAUAAUAUUAAAUUAUAUAGACAUUAAGAAGAGUUAUCAAAAAGUUAUAUAUCAUUUUAUGAUCAGUGAUAUAGUUAUUGAAUUACUUGCAAAAAACCACAAAACUACCCUAUUAACUCAAUUUAAACCCUCUAAGAGCAUGGGAAGGGGGUGAGUUAUUAUGAACAAAUUUCAAACAGAUUACUUUUACACAAAACUGAAUAAAAUUGGGGGAGGGGGUCAGUCAUCAAAAAUAAUAAUGUUCAAAAAUAAGGACCUCCCUUAAAUUAGAUUCAUAACAUUUGUUUUACUAUGUUAAACAACAAUACAUACAAUUUUUUAAUUAUUAAUGACUUUUAAUGUUAUAGGUGAAAGACAUUUUGAAGAAAAUUUCUGCUAAACUUCCAUUCCAAGCCAAAGCUGUUAGCCAAGAGAUUUUAGAGUUUAAUACAGCUAAAGAACAGUGGAAGAAUGAAAAUAAUCAAAAUCCAUAUACAAUGGAAUAUUUAAUUAAAAAUAACAUGGAUGAUUUGCAACGAAAAGUAAAAAAAAUUGAUCUAUUACACUUUGGAAAAUAUGUCUAAGAUUCAGUUAGUGAUUAAAUAAAUUUAUAUAGUUAAUACUUUGAUGUAUUUUGAUUUGUAUGUAUAUACUAAAAUAAUAAAGUUUAUUUAAAUAUUGAA